UUCUCGUCCGAGGAAGAGCUUAACAACACACAGGACAGCGGCGUCAUCAUCGCUAAGCUCGGCCCCGGACAGAGACUACGUCUUUCGGCCAUCGCCAAGCUUGGCAUCGGCAAGGAGCACGCGAAGUGGUCUCCCGUGGCAGUCGCCACGUACAUGUACGACCCCAUUAUUACGCUUAAUCAGGCCGUUCUGAGCACCUACUCGCCCGAGCAGAAGGCUGAGCUCUACAAGAGCUGCCCCACAGAAGUGUUCGAGACGGAUGAGAACUACGAACAGUUUACGGUAGGAGACGCGAUGCGAUGCAUGUACUGCGACGAGUGUGUCAAGUUGGCAGACUCGUUCAAAGACAACCCGGAAGACGACUCGGCCGUGUCGAUCCGGAUGCGGGAAGACAAGUUUAUUUUCUCCGUUGAGACAACAGGCCAGCUGAAACCCGAGGAAGUGGUGAUCUGUGCACUGGAUUUAAUCCGUGAGAAGUUGUCAUCACUGAAGCAUCAGUGUUUGGAACUCAGCCAGGAUGAUCAGGGCUCUUCGGCACCUAUCACGCCGUUUGGAUAAACAGGAUAAUAGCGACAGGGACUGCAUCUAGCUAAAGCUAAGGGCUGCUGAAGCUCGCUAUAGCAGUGUUGGUCGGACUACGGGAAUGCUGCUGUCUGCAGGCAGCACAAGUUUUUGAGUUGAUCACAUCACGAACGGAUGCGCCUAGCUAGCGCCCAAUAGAUUUAUGCUGGAGGCUGCGUUUUUACCUUCUUUCAUUCA